AUGCCCCAGAUAUCACGGGUUCAGGCUAGCAGCACCGUACACGAUGCGAACGAUGCUUCGUGCGGAUCUUUUGGGAUCAGAUCCUUCCCACGAUACAAGUCUGCAACAUACGGGUGUGGCGAGAAUAUGUCAUCCCCCUCGCGAGUGAGGACGACCUAG